AUGAGUCGCGGUGAAGAAAAUGAAAAAUCACUAACAUUGAGGCGAACCAAAAGAACCAAAAAAGUUAUAAACGUAAUAAACGAAUCACUUAAAACAGUAAAACGUCAGCGAAAAAAACAAAUAAAAUUAGCGAUUAUCGAAAAAAGUGAAAAUGGGAAACAAAUUAGAGCUAAACGAAGACGUGCUGGCGGAAUAUCGCAGCCGAGCACUUCAGAAUAUUCUCCUCAAAAUUCUAUAAAAAAUGAUGAACAUAAUGAAGAAGAAGAAAAUCAGCCAAAAAAUGGUGAUAUUAUUGAUAAAGAAGUUGUAAAUAUAAACGCUGUAGUCGAUGUAGUAGGUUGCACUGAUAAUGAUACAGAUCAUAUGGAAACAAAUGAUGUUGUAAGGUAUGUCGAAAUGGAUUCGAAAGAGAAAAGCACUGCGAAAAGCAAAGAUAAGAAAUUAAAUGAUAUUCCAGAACUAAGGGAUUCUGAUAUACAAGUAUUAGUUAAUGAAAAUGCACCACCAAGCGAAAAAUUAAUUGAAAAUGAUAAUAAUGAAUGGGGCAAUGAUCGUUUUCAUUUUUUAUCAGUUAAGAAGAAUUCAGCAGUGAAAGCUUCAGUAAAUGAUGAAGGCCCGAGCGUAGAUCCUGAAAUUACGUGCCAUGGUUUAUAUUGCAAUGAGCCUGAAGUAGAGAUGAACCAUGUUUAUUGUAGUGAGCCGGAUAUUGCUUCGAAUCAAAUGGGAACGGUACAACAUUUCCACAACGAUACUUAUGUCACAUCUAAUUUUGAGAUGUUGGAUUUAUUCACGACACCUACGCAAUAUCGUACAGCACAACUCAUCACCAAAGACAAAACUCUCUAUGUGAAUCCUUAUACAUUGGUUGAACAUUCAGAGAUAUUGGCUAGUAUUGUGGAUAAAAGUGGACCGGAAUGUAAAAUACAACUUGAUUUCAUCGAAUUUGAUGAUCUUCAAACAGCGCUACGAAUGUUUUGUCGAAGUCCUAUAACUGGUGCAAGGGAAACUCUUGGGCAUCGGAAUGAAACUGCAUAUAAAAGUCGAUUGGAAAAGCUUAAACGUUGUGUUGUUUUUAUUGGAUCACUUCAAAAAAUCAUCGAUUCAAAGGAUAUGAAUGACGUAACAACUGAUGUGGAUCUUUUAAAAACACCAAGAAUGAAAUCGAUCUACGAUUAUUAUACUCCAUCAACAUACCGCACUUUUAAGAUUGCUACUUCUGAUGUUCGUACGAUUUUUGUUAAUAUUGGAAUGCUUCGAGAAUAUAGUAAAUUAUUAACCGCAACUGUGAGGGGUUCAUCAAAAACUCAAUAUUUCAUGCCCCAGUUUACAUCUGUUGAAUUCAUAACAGCGAUGAAUGUAAUGUUUCGAAAAGCGAGAAAUGGGCGAUUUCAUGCAAUAACUAUUGAUAAUCUCGAAACUUUAUAUAAAUGCUCCGGUAUUUUUGAAUGCCUUUUACCAAUGUGCAAUUCGUUUUCGGAAAACUAUUGUGUUGAAGCGAUGAUGGAUUCCGAUUGGUCUUGUUUAAGGAAAUUAUUACUUAUUCAGGCGAAACGACGGGCGGCCGGUGCUGAGAAUCGUCCGCUUUUAUUUAAUUUAAUCGGUAAAAUCGCUUCUUUUAUGUCUGAAUCGAUGAAUAUUCUAAAAAAGAUUCAAUCUUCCGGUAUUGCCGACAUUCCUAUGGGUAUUGGAAACGCUCUUAUGGUGUCCGUUGUGGAGAAAAGGCAUCGAAUUGCAGCUGAAGAAGGACUCGAACUGAUUAUGUGA